GACCCUGGUAUAUCUAUCUGUACACAACUCCUACAGCCUUCGAGGAGACGCAAAUCGUAUCUUAAGUCGUAUACGAGCGAUGGAUGGGUGGUCAAGGUGAAGAGACGAGAAGCCGGCGUCGCUCCACCACGCGCUGCCGCUGCUUCUACGUCUCUCUCGCCAUCUCACUUCUUCGGGUUCGAAUCUCCGGAAGAUGGCGGCGGCUGCCGCCCGAUGCCUCCUCGUCGGCCGCGCUCUCCUUUCGCCGUUAGUUCCUAGACUCGACAACUCCCGGAAUCCUGCCCCAUCGCCGCUUCCCUCCGUCUCCGCCUCGUCCCUCUUUGAUUCUGCCUGUUUUCCCUCAUGCAAAAACUUCACCUAUUCCAGAAUCUAUGCUGCUCCCCCUCGAUGUUCGUUGUCAGAUAUCAACGAAUCGAAUCCUGGGCAGGAUUUUGCUCUUCUUCUCGAAGUCGAAGGUGUUGUUGCAGACAUAUUUCGUUUAGGCAACCGUCAAGCAUUUAAUACAGCAUUUCAGAAACUUGGGCUGGAUUGUGCUAAUUGGACAGAACCAAUAUACGCUGAUCUGAUGAGGAAGGCUGCUGGUGAUGAAAAACGGAUGUUGAUCUUGUUUUUUAACAGGAUUGGCUGGCCUGCUUCAUUGCCUACAAAUGAGAAAGAAAUAUUCAUGAAAAAUAUUUUACGUGAAAAGAAAAAAGCUUUGGAAGAUUUUGCUACCUCGAGCAGCUUAACUUUGCGUCCUGGUGUUGGGAAUUUUAUUGAUGAUGCACUUCAUGAAGGUGUACCUGUUGUGCUGCUAAUAGCCUACAGCAAAUAUGGGGAGAAAGCAUGCAGGUCUAUUAUUGGCAAACUGGGCCAAGAACGUUUGCAAAAAGUAAAAGUAGUUGGAAAGGAAGAAGUGAAAAAUAGUUUAUAUGGACAACUUGUAUUGGGGAAAGGAGUAUCCUCUAGUUUGGAUGAGCUACUUGCUAAAGAAGUACGAAAAGCAGCUUCAAUGGAGAAGCAAAGGAUUGCCCAUGAUGUUGCAUCCAUUUUGAAAUUGAGUGUUGAUAUUGAUACCAGUUCAUCUGAAAGCUUUGAGGAUAUAAUUGCUACAUUACGAGCUGGAGCUGAGUAUGCAUGCUUACCUAUACAAAACUGUGUGCUUAUAGCAGGAAGCCAACCUGGUGUUUAUGGUUCUGAACGAGUAGGAAUGCCAUGUGUUGUUAUGCGAAGCGGUUCGACGGCAAGAGCAGAAUUCCGCUCUGCAAAAGCUGUGAUGGAUGCAUUUGGUGGAGCAGAUUUAACCGUAGCUAAACUUCUCAACAAGAAGUGGUACUAGUUGAUCUUUAUCCAUGAUCCCGACUCCGAAAACCCAAACCCAGGCAGUAGGGUUUUUCCUUGCGGUUUCCUGCCUGGGGCCCCUGAUGAAAGGUCCAAAAGUUGUAUGCACUAAGUAGUAACGCACAUGUAGCUUCUUUGUAAUUUUGUAAUUUAUGAACCCACUUUUCAUAGAAAACACUGGAACACUGUGCCUAGCUGUGUGUUCAAAUGACAGAAUGAUGCUAUUUUUUGUUACUUUCAGACCAAGCAGUUGGGAUGAUGUUUGUAUGUAGUCAUGAACAGUUUGUAACUGAAUAACCUCACAACCAUCUUACUGCCUAUACAGAUUUUCAUUCGGUUAAAGUUUGCUUAA